UCCAGGAUGGUGGUGGUGGUGGUCCUGCUGCGGCUCGGCUGGCUGUGCGCCCUGCUGGGAGCCCUGGUUCUGGAUGUCAACGACAUCAAGAGCUCUGCGGAUGCGCAAGGGGCCCGGAAGGGUUCACAGUGCGUGUCUGACAAAGACUGCAACACUAGAAAAUUCUGCCUCAAACCCCAGGAUGAAAAGCCAUCCUGUGCUACGUGUCGUGGAUUACGGAGGUGGUGCCAGCGGGCUGCCCUGUGCUGCCCGGGGACGCUCUGCGUGAACGAUGUCUGCACUGCAAUGGAAGAUGCAACCCCGAUACUGGAGAGGCAGAUCGACGACCAAGACGACACAGAUACACAAGGAACAACUGAGCACCCAAUUCAGGAAAACAAACCCAAGAGGAAGCCAAAUAUUAAAAAAUCACAAGGCAGUAAGGGUAAGAAGGGAGAAAGCUGUCUUAGAACUUUCGACUGUGGACCUGAACUUUGCUGUGCUCGUCAUUUUUGGACUAAGAUUUGUAAACCGGUCCCAUUGGAGGGACAGGUCUGCUCUAGGAGAGGGCACAAAGAUACCGCGCAAGCUCCAGAAAUCUUCCAGCGCUGUGACUGUGGUCCUGGACUAUCACGUCGAAGUCAGGCGACUGGACGUCAACAACACUCACGGUUAAGAGUGUGCCAGAAAAAUCUGAACGGCUGCACGUCUUCCAGCAGAAGUCUCAGACAAGAACCUAAAAAUCUUCCCAUACAAAUAACUCUUAAAAUCAAAUCUUGUAGUAAGUGAAACAGACUGAGCUGGAGAAGCUGCUUUGUGAUGAAUGGAAACUAGUUUGGGCUUCUUGUCUAUUUCUGGAGAAAAGUGAUGUGAUUUUAUAACAGAUUUAACUUUGAUCUAGUGAUUCAGUUAGUUCAAAUAAAUCUUUACGUAAUUUGUGACGUUAUGGUACCUGACAGUAGUUAGCAGGGAAAAUUAUCACAGCAAAUACUUUAGUUUUCCU